AUGGAUACCGAGUUAACUCAGUUGCAGCAAUCUCAACUCGCCACGAUACUCGCCGCCAAUCCUUCACCGUUCAAGAGCCUGAUCUCGCGGUUGAUGUCAUCUUCCAACGCGAAACAUUCUCAGGCUGAAGCUCUCUUUAACCUCUGCAAACAAACCGAUCUCGAUGGCCUCGUUUUGAAGCUAGGUCAUCUUCUUCAUUCUUCGCCUCACCAGGAGGCUCGUGCCAUGUCCGUUAUUCUUCUCCGGAAGCGACUCACCCGCGAUGAUUCAUUUCCUUGGCCGCGUCUUUCACCUCAAACUCAUUCUUCUCUUAAACCGCUUCACGAAAAUAACCUCAAUACAAACCAUUAUAACCCUCUUCUUCAACCUCAAAUCCUUCCUCGACCGAAUGACACAACCUAA